GGAGUCCCUAUUGCAUCAAACUAAUAUAUCUUGGCAUUGUACCUUAUUCCAGUAUAUAUAAACACACACACUCUUAGAAGCCAUGCCUCUUCAUUAACAUAACAAGAUUCUGAAGAGAGGUUGAGAAAGAUAUAUAUAUAUAUAGAGAGAGAGAGAGAGAGAGAGUUGGAAGAAUAUAACAAGGCUAUGGAGUCCAGGGGUAAGUUCUGUGAAAAAGCCAAGCCAUAUUUGGCUGUGAUUGUUCUGCAGUUUGGAUAUGUAGGCAUGUCCAUAAUUUCAAAGUUUGCUCUAAACAAAGGGAUGAGUCAACAUGUGUUCGUGGUCUAUAGACAUGCUUUAGCCGCCCUUGUAAUGUCUCCCUUUGCCAUUGUUUUUGAUAGGAAGGUGAGGCCAAAGAUGACAGUCCCUAUCUUUGCUAAGAUACUGUUGUUAGGCUUGUUAGAGCCAACUAUAGACCAGAACUUGUUUUACACUGGCAUGAAGUACACCACAGCAACUUUUGCUGUUACUUUGAGCAAUAUUCUCCCUGCUUUUGCUUUUCUUACGGCUUGGGCCUUGAGGCUUGAGGAGGUUAAUUUGAGGAAAUUGCGUAGCCAGGCAAAGAUAUUGGGGACUCUAGUGACUGUGGGAGGAGCAAUGGUAAUGACUCUAUUUAAAGGAGCAAAGCUGGAUUUGCCAUGGACAAAAGGACAUGAUUAUCAUGGAUCUACCAGUGAUCUAACCACACAUGAUGAUCCCCUUAAGGGUGCUAUUAUGAUUGUUGUAGGCACCUUUUGCUGGUCUAGUUUCAUCAUCCUUCAGGCAAUAACCCUAAAAACAUACCCUGCUCAGCUCUCCCUAACAGCUUUGAUAUGCUUGAUGGGCACUAUUGAAGGAUCCAUAUUUGCUCUCAUAAUGGAAAGGGGAAAUCCCUCUGCUUGGUCUAUACACUUUGAUUCUAGGUUUUUAGCUGCUGUUUAUGGUGGAGUAGUUUGCUCAGGAGUUACUUAUUAUGUGCAAGGAGUGGUAAUGAAGAGUAAAGGUCCUGUCUUUGUCACUGCCUUCAAUCCUUUAAACAUGGUUAUCAUUACAAUCUUGGGGUCCUUUGUCUUGUCAGAGAUUGUCUAUUUAGGAAGGGUUGUUGGAGCAGUAGCCAUAAUCAUUGGGUUAUAUCUAGUUUUGUGGGGUAAGAGCAAGGAUCAAUCUCCAAUUACUUCAACCAAUGAAAAGGAAGCUUUAGAAAUGGAUUCUAUAGAAGAGACUUCAAAUCAAGAAUCGGUUGCCAUUGAUUUCAACAAAGUGAGACCUGCCCAUGAAUCUGUCUGAAGGAUUUCUAAUUCAGUGUUCAAAAAAAGUGUAAUUAGCAAUGACUGCAUGGAAUUAAUAAUUAUCCAACUUCCAUGCAGCUGCCCUUGUUUUUCAAUUUCCAAAUCUUCCUUGCUUGAACGUCCUAUCUAUUGUAUGAAAAUUAAGGGUAAAAUGAAAAAACUAUUACUUAUUUUUAUUUAA